AUGGCUUCCGCCGACGCCUGGCGCGCCACCUUGAGCUUUUCCGAUCGCCUGGCCACCAUCGUCAACAUGUACGGCAGCCCUUCGGCCGACGCAUCAGUCGCAUUUCCGCGACACGAUGCCUCCGCCGCCCGUCCUCCCGAUGACGCGGCUGCUCUCUCCCCGGCAGGCCCAACAUCAUGCUACAAGCGUGCGCACCCAGAAGCCACUCCGGCCGACGCCAGCAAAGAAUCCAGGGCGUUAGAGGACGCUGCAUUUGCGCAGGCGACGACAUAUGUUGACUACGAGCUACGCUGCGAAGCUGUCGUGCAAGAGCUAUCGUCAAAGUCCCCGGCAGUAGAAGCCGAGACACCAGAGCAUGACGACGAGAUUCCUGAAAACACGGGCUUCCACAUCGGGAAGUACAAAAAUGUGGCCCACCACGCCAACGGCCUAUUCUCCGAGAUUUACAAGGCAAGGCGUCUCGAGGACGACAGCAGUCCUCGUGCAAGCAAGCUCGUGGCACUCAAGGUCACCGUGCCGUCUAUGAUGAGCCCGCCUCACGAUUCUCAGAAGGAAGCGCAACUGUUAGAAAUAGCACGAUCGGAGCAGAACCAUGUCAUGCCAUUGCUGGAGACGUUCUGGCAAGCAGGUGGCCGCUUCGUCCUGGUCUUCGAGUACAUGCGCUGCGACCUAGAGCAGCUUCUAAGCAGGAGAGAGCUUACCCGCACGCAGGCCACGAAUUGUCUGCGCGACCUGUUCGAGGCGCUCGAGCACCUCCACUCGCUCGGGAUUAUCCACCGCGAUGUGAAACCUUCUAACGUCCUCCUCAGAUCACCAGCGGGCCCGGCGUUCCUGGCGGAUUUUGGCAUUGCGUGGAAGGACGGCGUUCGUGGUUCAGAACCGGCAGACCAGAAGAUCACGGAUGUCGGGACAACGCAUUACAGGCCCCCUGAGCUUCUAUUCGGCAAUACGUCUUACGGGCCGGCACUCGACAUGUGGGCCGCAGGAUGCGUGGUAGCGGAGGUGGCGUGCCUAAGAGAAAGGCCCCUCUUCGACUCGGGUGAACUUGGCAGCGACCUCGCCCUCGUCAACAGCCAUUUCCAGAGCCUGGGGACGCCGAACGACGAUGUUUGGCCGGAAGCCAAGCGGUUUCGGGACUGGGGCAAGGUGCAGUUUUACGAAUACCCAUCACGGCCGUGGAGCGAGCUCUUGCCCGAUUGCAACGACACGGCCAGAGACCUCGUGAGCCGGUUGGUUGUGUACGAGAGCUCGCGGCGACUGACAGCAUCCGAGGCUCUGCGCCACGAUUUCCUCAAGAACGGGGCCUGA